UACUCCAUAAAAAAAACUAAUUUCGUGUUUCCCAUCACUUGACCUUUCUCUUGACCCGAUGAAGUUUUUCUUCCGGCAGCAGGUGAAACGUCAUUCAUGUCUUCGCAAUUCUGAAAAGAAGAAUUAUUGCCAAUGUUGGAUCAUUGCUAAGAGACAAGGAUGAUAUAAUUAUGGCUAUACCUUAUACAGGUUAUAUUUCGGAGUACCAUGUUGUUAUUCAUAUCCAAAUAGAAAACUUGGGUGCUUGUUCAUUUCUUAUUAGUUGUGAUCAUGACAAGAUGCAAGUAAGUUUAGCACUAACAAUUGAAAUUGCCAAGAACUGUCAAACCCUUGCAACUCAGCAACUAUCUUCACCGACUAAGGAGACAAAUGGAAACAAUUAUGAGAAGCGUCCUCCUCCAAAACCUCCACCAUCAAAAGAUCUGCCAUCUCUGAGAUACUGUGUUGUCAAUUUGGCUUUUGUUUUGUUUCAGGUGUGUGAUUUGUUUUUAAGUUCAGCUUAUUUUAAGGUUGCUCUCAAGGUGUUUGUUGAAAGGCCUCAAAUAUGUUUGGCUGAAGGAAAAGUGUUGAUGAGGGAGAAUCUGAUAAUGGAUGUUGCAAAUCAGUUUUUCUUGUCCACUCGACAAUCAAUUCCUUCGCAGAUGAUGAUUUUAUUCAAUCUCAAGAACCUGUAUAAUCGAACUGUGCGAUCCAAAGCUAAAGAAAUGAUCCGUAACGGGAUAGAUAUAAAGAUUGUGGUUCCUAAACUCAGUUCUCUUUUGUGGAAGAAUUCUGUUUGGUUGUUUGGUUUAAAGAAUGGGAUUUGUAAUACCCUAUUGGUGUCUAACUUUUCUAUGCUUAUGAAUGUUCAAAUAUUUGUUGGCUUAGUUUUUAGUGUUUCUGUUAGAAUGUGGAUGGGAAAUGUCCCAACAUAAAGUUUUUCACUUUGCUUGU